CUUCCUAUAAAACUAGCUAAGAAUACUAGCUCUGUAUUUUAUUGGAGUAUCAAAUGGGCCUCUAUUGAUUCCAUCCUAUUGCAAAUUUCUUCUACGCAACAUGCUAUCACAAACACAUUGCCUCUCCCAACAACCAAUCAACUGUCUCUCUUCUUUCUUUGA